AUGGCCAGCCUGGUGCAGCGUAUUGUUCGGUUGGGUCUCAGGAUCCCCCUUAUGCAGCUUCAUCCAGGAUUUGGCAAUGACAUCGUGACUUCCACGUUGCAUGAUUGUGUCUCCUUCACACGGUGUUGGGUUUUCCAGCUUGGCGUCCUGCUCUUGUGGAGGUUGGACCAAAGGGGUCGGGUACAAGGGCCUCCUCUGCUGAAGCACGACUACGGAAAACACCUAACCCACUGCAUCUUCCGGCUCCCCCCUCCUGGCGAGGACCUCAUUCAGCUGGCGAAGGCGGCUGUGAGUGGCGAUGAGCGAGCCCUGGACAUGUUUAACUGGAGGAAAAGCAGCUUUGGGAGUCUCCUGAAAAUGGGCUCUCAAGAGGGACUGUCGUUCUUUGUCAGCCUGAUGGAUGGGACGGUGCACUAUGUGGACGAGAAAGGCAAGACCACCGAGGCAGCGUCCACGGACAGCUCGGUGCAGGCGCUCUUCUACCUGGAGAGGAGGGAGGCCCUGGUGGUGGUCACGCGGAGCCUGCUGCUGUCCCUGUUCGUGGUGAGGCCCGCGGGCGAAGCGGAGGAAGUGAUGAAGGUCAAGUUGAGUGGGAAGACGGGUCACCGGGCAGACAUCGCGUUGAUUGAGGACAGCGUGCUCGUGACCGCCGUAGGGGAGCCCAUCCUCAGAUUCUGGGAUUUGGAAGGAGGAGAGAAUUACGUGCUGAGUCCAGAAGAGAAGUUUGGUUUCGAGAAAGGAGAGAAUAUAAACUGUGUUUCUUACUGUAAGGUCAAAGGUCUCCUGGCAGCGGGCACCGAUAAGGGGCGAGUUGCCAUGUGGAGAAAACUGCCGGGCCCGCAGAGCGGCCGAGCGGCCGAGGGCAAGGACAGGUGGGCCGUUCAGACCCCCACUGAGCUCGAAGGCAACAUCACACAGAUCAAGUGGGGCUCGCGGAAGAGCCUGCUGGCGGUCAACAGCAUCGGCUCCGUGGUGAUCCUCAGUGAGCAGGCCAUGUGCUCACACUUCCACCAGCAAGUGGCCGCGGUGCAGACCUCCCCAAGCCUGCUCAGCGUGUCCUUCCUGUCCACGGGCAUGACGCACAGCCUGCGCACAGACAUGCGCGUCCGCGGGGCGUUCGCCACCAAGGAUGCCGUUGCCGUCUGGAACGGGAAACAGGUGGCGAUCUUCGAGCCUUCUGGAGCCACGUUACGGAAUGCAGGAACCUUCCUGUGUGAAUCUCCAGUGUUAGCCAUGCACGAGGAAAACGUUUACACCGUGGAGCCAAACCGAGUUCAAGUUCGAACCUGGCAGGUAAGUCAUUGCUCUGGAGCGAGAGGGUUUGAUGGUAAAGCAACUAGAACAGUGUAAAAGGCCAUCUGUAAGUCCAGCCACAGCCACUUACUGACUGCACGCGGCCAGACCGUAGUCCCCCAGCCCGGUGCUUGGUUGUAAACUGGACUCCAGGCUGGCUGCUCCACCCGUGACUGCCGGGAUUUGUGAUAUCGGCGGGCGGGGCAACGGCCCCGCACAGUGAUAAGGACUGGAUCGCUGGACCCCGAGUCCACGGGCUGGAAGUGGGAGGAAACGUUUGCUGCAGUUACUGUCCAUCCUGAAGGCUCUGGACAGGCCCUGCCCUGCAUGUUGUGUCCGUAUCCCAGACACGCGCAGGAGCCCGGGGCUGACCUGGUGCGUUAGUUUCCUGAGCCUGCCAUCCCAAAGCACCAUAAAUCGAGCGGCUUAAGGCAAUAGAAAUUUAUUUUCUCACAGUUCAGGAGGCCACAACCCAGGGGUGGGCAGGGCUGGCUCUUUCUGAGGUUCUGAAGGAGCGUCCAUCCCACGCAUCCCCUGCUUCUGGUGGCCCCGGCGUGCCUUGCUGUGCAGAUGCAUCGCUCCGUCUCUGCCUCUGUUCACUUGGCCCUCUUGUGUCUGUGUCUUGUUUUCUGUGUCUUAUAACGGUGCUUGUCCUCGGAUUUAGGGUCACCCUAAUCCAGAGCAGUCUUCUCUUGAGAUCCUUAAUUCCAUCUGCAAAGACCUUUUUUCCAAAAUAAGGUCACGGUCACAAGUUCCAGGUGGACAGAUUUAGGGGCCACCACUCAGCCCAGGACACGCAGCAGCGUUGUGUCAAGGUCGGGGAAACUUGCACGGCCCUGGUCUCAGCU